AUGAGUCAACGCGGAAGUAAUGCUGGAUUUGAUGCCAGAAGCGAUUCUCAUCAUAGAAGGAAUGAUCACCAACGUGCCUCUCUUCCCUAUCGUAGCGACAGGGAUGAUAGGAGUAUCACUAGUUAUAGUACUACUUCUGUGCGUGUGACGAGUAAGAAAGGAGGGCCACCAAUCUCUAUGAAUACUAGACAUAAUGUUAAUGGGGGAUUGUCCUCACAUGGUAGGAGCCGAAGCCGCAGUGGAAGUAUACGUACGCUGUCGGAAGCACCUGACGCAACUGUUCGCCCCUUGUCGCAUAGAAGUGAAAACCUCAGCAGAGGGGAUAAUAGGCCACCUGAAAGACAUCACCCCUUACAGCGCAAUCGGGGAAGUGUAACCAACGAAAGACCCGAAUCAGUUUCAUCUGAUGGAACUGCUCGCCCGGCUCCAAAGCAUAGGACCCACGGAAGAGAUACUGACUCGCAAGAAUUUGAUGGAGACUCGUAUGCUUCCGGUAGAAAAUCUCAUACUUCUGGUAAAGAAUCGUAUACUUCUGGUAGAAAAUCUCAUACUUCUGAGCGAUAUUCGGAAACUAGUCAGCAUCAUGAGCCAUCUGCGGGGAGUGGAAGUUUGUAUGAGGACCACCCGAAGAAAGGACAUAGAUAUGCACCCAGCGAUGAUGGUAGGCAGAGUAGGCAUACAGACAGAGUUGCCCGAUCUGAAUCAGAGCGCACAACCAGGCCCUCACUCGACGAUGAAUUGCUAUCGAAGCAUACAGAGAGCCUGAGCCUCCACCCCCGAGAUCCCACCCUCGAGAGAGUCGCAAAGUGGAAUGAGGAAGUAAAACGCGAUACUAAAGAAGAUAGAUGGGAUGGUGAUCCCAAAACCGGGCUAAGAUCAGUCAAUAGAUCAGUCAAUGGAGAAGAUCAUUACGGGAAAGGUUCGAAUCCACCAUCACACCGUGGGUACCCACAAAGCCGCCAUUCUGAACGCCGAUAUGGACAACCUAAAUCAGAUGCCGAUAGCUAUAGUCGUUCUGACACUUCCAGAAAAUCGUACAUUCCUCCUCAUCCUGGAUCAUUUGCUGCUCGCUAUGCUCCCUCUGAGACUGAGUCCUAUACGUUGCGCAAUUCUCCCCCUCCGUACCGUCGUGGCCCCUAUGAUACUGGAUACCAAAAUUUUGGAGUCGAGGACCAUAGUUCAACGUAUGUGACGACGAAUAUCGGUGCCCCUAAUGUGGGAUUUAUGGAUGCUCCAAGUAAGAGACAGAUAAGGGAAAUGAUGAAACACCAGCGAGAUCGUGCAAUGAUAGAGCGUGGGCUGCCACCACCUGUUGAGAAAGGGUUUUGGGAUUGA